AUGCGCACAAAGGACGACGACGACGACAACUACGUGUCCAACAUCCGCCAUGGCGUCGACGGCCAAGGCUCGCUACAACGGCAAGAACAACCAGUGCACACGAUAACACCCUUUAACAACCUACCAGCGCGCCUGUUCUUCUUUGACGAUACGGAGCACCGAUUCGACAACCGCUACGCAUUCGCGCUCACUGAUAGCAAGAUUCACUACCGCACCGAAGACCGCGGAAAGACGUGGCGGUCUUUCGAAGUUCCAGUCCCACCCGCUCUCGUCGCCAGGCCGAUGUCAUUCCAUUCAGAUUCCAAGAAAUGGGGAUCGAUACUCUAUCAGGGAACCGCGUGCAACCGCCAAGGGUGGGGCGCCAUCUGCCACGACGAGCCUUAUCACACCAAAGAAGCUUUCAGCGACACCCCCCAACUCCUCCUCUCCGAAACUUCGCGUUGUCAAUUCGCUUACAGCAGCAAAGACUUUAAACAUGAAGCCCACUCUGACCUAAUCUAUUGCGUCGCCUUCGACACCUCAAGCGUCGACGGCUCCCACGCCCUCUCCUCGAGCCGCCUCUUCUCCAGCACCGACUUCUUCGACAAAGACCGCAAAGUCGAGGACCUCGGCAUUGGGGAGAAUGCAAAGGGCAUCAUUGCCUUCGCCAUCGUCUCCAAAUAUGCCGUCGUCGCAUUGAAGGACCUCUCACCUUCCAACGACGGCGAAAUGUUGCUCUACGUCACUGUGGAUACGAACACGUGGAAAAACGCAUAUACGAUCGUCGAAUCGACCACGCACUCCCUCGCCGUCGACGUGGUGCUUCAAGAUAAGAGCAGCAUCGGGACACUCUUCGUCAGUAACUCCAACGGCACCUUCUUCGUCGAGAGUUUGAAGGACACGAACAGGAACGAUAUGGGGUACGUCGACUACGAGAAGCUGUACGGCGUUGAUGGCGUGGGCUUUGCCAAUGUUGUUUCAAAUGCGAAGGAUGUUGAGGGGCGAGGGGCACGGAAGCAGCUAAAGACAAUGAUCACUUUCGACGAUGGGCAAAUGCAUCUCAUGGGACCCCGCGACACGGACCUUUGCUCACUCCCUCUCCAUUCCGUCACAACCCCACACAACUAUGGGCGCAUCUUCUCGUCACCAGCACCUGGUUUCGCUAUGGGCGUUGGGUCGAUAGGCGAGAGCCUCUUACCAUACAACGAAAGCGACACAUUUAUCAGCACAGACGCCGGCGUUACCCGGCAGAUGGUCCGACGAGACACGCACAAGUACGAGUUUGGCGACAAGGGGAGCACGGUGGUCGUGAAUGACGAGGACGGGACGGACAACGUGCGAUAUUCGCUCGACCUGGGUAAAUCAUGGCAGAAAUACGACAUUGGGAUCAAAUUCCGAGCGAGGGCGCUCAUGACCCUCCCUGACUCGACCUCACAAAGGUUCCUGCUUCUGGGGCAAGUAGCGCGUAAAGACCAGACAAAGGAUACCGGACGUGUCGUCAUUAUCCAGCUCGACUUUUCCGGGACGAGGAAACGCAAGUGUGUGGAGGGAGAUUUCGAGAAAUGGUAUGUACGCACUUCCAAGACGGAGUGCUUGAUGGGCCACAAGCACCUCCCAUGCCCCCGAGAUUAA